AUGAAGCAAACAAAAGGACCCUGCUGGGCUGGGCAGUGGGUGCCCAUUGGACCCAAGCGGCAGGUGUCCUGCUGCUUUGACAUGCAAAAGGACACUGAUGGUGGGGCCAAGGGCCAGGGGCUCGAGGGUGACAAGAAGUCCAUCAUAAAAUUUGAAUUUAACCCCAAAGAUGGGAUCGACAACCCUGCCUUGUCACUGGCUGAGGACACGGAUGGCGAGGGUGUGGGGGAGCCCCGCUUCUACCUCCUGAGCAAGGGCAGCACAGAGACCUUCGGCUUCUGUCUCCACGAGGAGCUGGGCUGCCAGGGCCACGUCAUCCGUCAGGUCGAGCUGGGGGGGCUGGCCCAGCGCAGGGGGCUGCAGGACGGGGACCGGCUCCUCCAGGUCAAUGGCCACUUCGUGGACCACAUGGACCACCAUAGGGUGGUGCAGAAGAUCAAGGCCAGCGGGAACCAGGUCCUCCUGGCAGUGCUGGAUGGCGACUCCUACGAAGCAGCCAAAGUCCUGGGCAGGGACCUGUCUGAGAUGCUGCCAGCUGACAUCCGCCCACGCCUCUGCCACAUCACGCGGGACAAAAAUGGUUUUGGCUUCAGUGUGUCGGGCACGAAGGGCACCUUUCAGCUGUCAGUGCAGCAGGAUGGGCCAGCGGAGAGAGCAGGGGUGCCACCAGGCUCCUGGCUCCUGGAGCUGAACGGGGCCAGCGUGAGGAGCUACUCACAAGCCCAACUUGCCAGAAAGCUUAAGCAGAGCGGCAGCAAGGUGACGCUGCUGGUGGCAUCCAGUGCUGUGGAGGAGUUUUACCGCCUGCGGGGUCUGCGGAUCACGGCUGCCUUGGCAGACACCUCCUGGCUCCCCUUCAAGGUCCGGGAGCUGCACAUGGUGAAGGGCCCAGCUGGCUAUGGGUUUCUGCUCAAGGAGGAUGACUGCAGCUCAGGGGCCACAGGCCAGUUCCUGUGGGAUGUGGAUGUGGGGCUGCCAGCCGAGCAGGCAGGGAUGAAGGAAGGGGACCGUCUCCUGGCUGUGAAUGGUGAGAGCAUUGAGGGGCUGGACCACCAGCAGACGGUGCUCAGGAUCCGUGCCCAUGAUGACCAGGUGACGCUGCUGGUCAUUGACCCAGCUGGUGAUGAGUUCUACCAGUCGAUUGGGCUGUCCCCUCUGUUGUUCUUUGAGGACAGCGACCCUGCCUCAGGCUCCCACACGCCCUCCCUGCCCUCUCCCAGUGGCUCCCCUGGACUCUGUCAUGUUGAGGUGGAACCAAAGGGACCUGGCUCCUGGCUGAUGGCUGCUGCCAACAGUAUAGGGUUCACACAGACCCGGCACCGGGAGGAGCAGAGGAGGCUGCACCAGGCAUUCUAG